AUGUCCCAAGCUCCAGACCAGUAUUUCGACUUCGAGAGGGACAUACUGAAAAGAUCGCCCCAGCUGGCGCCGGUAAAACCGAAUUUCAAAUCGUCGGAAACACCACCGCCCCUGAUCGCCUGUGACCAGUCAUCUGAUUCUACCGACGCAGAGGAGACCGACGAACCCAGACUGUCGAAGAGACGUAACAAUCGGAAGAGUCGCAGCAGCCCAUCCUUAGGCGACGGCGUACUGAUUCGUUCGCUAGAUCCCAAUCAAGUCGAGUUAGCAACUUACUCGGAAAAGAAUCCUCCACCCUUACUCAGUGAUCAUGAAGAGGAGGAUGACGAGACGGAGGCGGGAAGACAUCUCAGCAAACCGGGUGGAACAUUGGCCCAACGACAACUUCCAAACGCCUCCGCCCAGACGAGGGACCGUGAUGUGUCCGCUUUGGAGGCCCCCUAUAACAGGGAAGGGUCGGAUUUUCCUAUGAUCGACACGCCACAGAGUUGGGACGACGAGGAAUCUGUUCCACCUUCUGCUAUCUCUCAAAAUGUGUCCCAAACCAGCUUCCCGAACCGGCAUCCGGAUGCUACCACUCCCAAGUCACAGGAUCUGUCCAAAACCAUAUACAACACACGCCCACCUGCAAGGUCCGCGCCACGAAUGGAAGGGUUACGACUGCAGCUCGAACCUGGCCGUGAUGCGGAGCACCCAAUGCUAAUGUCCCCAGUCCUCGACAAAUUUACAAUCGCUCCUACCGAUCCAGAUCCAGACAUGAUUUUGCCGACCAUACAGAAAUCCCCCCCGCAGUCUUCACCGGCAGGUUCAUUGGAACAGAGGCAGACAUUACCGUCUCUCAGAACGACAAUAGGUCAAUUCCAUGACUCAGGCUCAAAUCGGUAUGCGAGCCUAUCUCCAAUCCUGGGUCGUCCAUCCCCCAACCAGUUAAGUCAUUCUGGGCCCUCUCUGUGCUCAUAUCACUCGCCACAACCUGUUAUGUCGCCUCCGGGUCCGCCAUCGUUUAUUAAUUGGCGGAACACAACUCGCGAUAGUUCGAUGUCCACCUCCUCGGAGUAUACGCCGGCCAACUCUGCAGCAGCUUCUACCCCAGCCUCGUCGCUUACUGCGCCGUCUCCAGCAGCAUCAAACCCUCCUUUAUUAACAGCAGUACCUGAGCACGUAAUUGAGACGGUACAGGAAGAAUCAAUCGUCGUCAAGACGGAGCCUGAGUCGUGUAACCAGCAACCUGGACCCAAACAGGAACCGGAGCCUGAUACGGAGCCUGAGUCGGAAUCGGAACCGGAACUCGAGCCAGAACCGAAACCAAGACCAAAACCUCCAGCCGCACUACACUCCAUGUCGACUCGUGUCGCAACUGGCAACUAUAAGUGCACAUUUCAAGGAUGUAAUGCCUCGCCCUUCCAAACACAGUACCUCCUAAACAGCCAUAUGAACGUGCACUCUGAUACAAGGACGCAUUUUUGUCCCGUUUCCGGCUGUCCGCGUGGUCCUGGCGGUCAGGGUUUCAAGAGAAAGAACGAAAUGCUGAGACAUGGCUUGGUCCAUACUUCUCCAGGAUAUAUCUGUCCAUUUUGUCCAGAUCAGCGACACAAGUACCCCCGGCCGGACAAUCUACAACGACACGUUCGAGCACACCACAAGGAUCGAGAUCGGGAUGAUCCUGUACUUCGGGAAGUCCUCAAUCAGCGCAUGGAAGGAAGUAAUCGGCUACCAAGAAGACGGAUGCGUUCAUGA